AGUAGUAAUAGAAGUAGUAAUAGCAUUAGUAAUAGCAGUAGUAAUAGCAGUAGCAGCAGAGGGAAGUGUGAUCCAGGUGAGUAGUGGGUGAGUAAGUGUCUGAUGGUACUAGAGGGGCGUGUGAUCAUCCCCAGCACAAGGCAGGGAGCCAAGGAGAGCGCGUGUCAGUGCAGACUGUCAGUGUGGCAUUUAGAGAAGGAGCAGCAGUAGCGGCGGCAGUAGCGGCUCCACAGAUCCAAUGAGGAGGUGGAGAUUAGGCAGAAGAGUUGCGCUGAGGGUGUGAGGGAGCCCAGUACCCCCAAGUGCAUUCAGAAAGGAGCAGAAUCGAGCGGAGUGUAAAGUGAGCACUUUCUGUCAGAGCUCUCUCUCUCUGAUCGUGGCCAAUUCAUUCGUUUAUCCACCUCACCACGACUCUGCCAGUCAUGCUCUCCCCUAGAAGAUACAGCCCCCAAAUCUCUGCAAGCAGAGCCCCCCUGAGCCUGUGUGAUGUCACAUCCGUUGCCCAGGUCUGAGCACCUCUCCUAGAAGCUCUCCUGCCACAUCCUCCUGCACCUUCCCUCCAGCCCUUCGCUUUCUCUCUCUCUCUUCUCGCCUUCCGCCGGCCUCCAAACUUUGGCGGCUGGAUCAGCACCAAGGAGAGCGCACGAUGUGGAGUGGGAAACAUUGCUGCUGAUGAGCUGGCCAGACAGGGGAGCAGUAUCAUGCAGUCUCCUCACAGCCGCCUCCUCCUCCUCCUCACCCUGCUGUCUCUGCUGGAGCCUUCCAAGACCCAGAUUAGCCCCAGGGAGGGUUGGCAGGUGUACAGCUCAGCCCAAGACUCUGAUGGACGUUGUAUCUGUACUGUGGUGGCACCAGAGCAAAAUCUGUGCUCUAGAGAUGCCAAAAGCAAACAGUUACGGCAGCUGCUGGAAAAGGUCCAAAAUAUGUCCCAGUCCAUCGAAGUGCUGAACCUCCGUACAGAGAGAGACUAUCAGUAUGUGCAGAAGAUGGAAACCCAGAUGAAGGUGGUUAGAGUCAAAUUCCGUCAGAUUGAAGACGAUCGCAAGACCCUUCUAACUCGCCACUUUCAGGAUCUGAAAGAGAAAAUGGAUGAACUGUUGCCACUGAUCCCAGUUCUCGAGCAAUAUAAAACAGAUGCUCAGCUUAUCACCCAGUUUAAAGAAGAGAUACGGAAUUUAACUGGGAUUUUGACCACCAUCCAACAGGAGAUUGGAGCAUUUGACUACGAAGAGCUGCACCAGAGAGUUCUAGGACUGGAGACGAGGCUCAGAGACUGCAUGAAAAAACUUACUUGUGGUAAAUUAAUGAAAAUUACCGGACCAGUAACUGUGAAGGCCUCUGGACCAAGGUUUGGUGCCUGGAUGACUGAUCCAAUUGCAUCUGAGAAAAACAAUCGAGUCUGGUACAUGGAUGGAUUCACAUCCAGGACUGUGCGGGAAUAUAAGUCAAUGGCAGACUUUGUCACAGGGGCUGAGUCUAGGACUUACAACCUUCCAUAUAAGUGGGCUGGCACUAGCCAUCUGGUAUACAAUGGAUCCCUCUUCUUCAAUAAGUUCCAAAGCAAUAUUGUUAUCAAGUACAGCUUUGCAACAGGAAGAAUUCUCAAUCAGCGUAGCUUGGACAAUGCUGGCUUCAACAAUGUCUAUCCUUACACAUGGGGUGGUCACUCUGACAUAGAUCUGAUGGCUGAUGAAUUUGGAGUUUGGGCAGUAUAUGCCACUAAUCAGAAUGCUGGAAACAUUGUCAUUAGUCAACUGCGACAGGAUACACUGGAGGUUGUAAAGAGCUGGAGUACAGGAUACCCCAAGAGAAGUGCUGGAGAGUCCUUUAUGAUCUGCGGUACCUUGUAUGUCACUAAUUCCCACCUUACUGGUGCCAAGGUAUUUUAUUCAUAUUCCACCAAGACCUCCACCUAUGAGUACACAGACAUUCCCUUCCACAACCAAUAUUUUCACAUAUCUAUGCUGGAUUACAACUCACGGGAUCGUGCCCUUUAUGCCUGGAACAAUGGACACCAGGUACUCUUCAAUGUCACUCUGUUUCACAUCAUCAAGACAGAUAAUGAUGCAUGAUGUGGAACACAAGCCCUUCUCCGGCUGGAACUCUUGCUUGCCUCUGAACAGUUUGUUCAUUCUCUCUCCAUUUUCCUUCUGUCUCAGUAUACUACAUUCAUUUCAUUUAUUCUUUAGAUGUUCACAGCAUAAAUUCCCCUGAGGAUUUCAUAGCUGUGUACUGUACCAUACAAGAUAACGGUUUAAUAGAGCAGGGCAUAUUUUCCACCUCCAGCCAUCAGUUAGCACUGUCUGUGCUACAGACAUGUAGUAUUACACCAAGCAGAGCUAGGGAUAGAGAAGAAGGGGCCUAGGGCAAAGCAGAAAGGCCAAGAGGCCCAGUUUCUGAAAUUAACUACAUAAAUCAGAAGUGCCCAACUUUGUUGGACUACUACUACUACGAUCUUUGGUAUAACUGCAGUAUAGACACCCAAGAUAAUAUAUAUUGCACAUUGUAAUAAUAAAUAUGUUAAGUACCUGCCACAAAAGUUUACAGAAAUAUGGGAAACUGCACAGACUAUUUCUUGCUUAAUCCCAGUGUAGACCUGAGGGGGGGGGGAUUUAAGAGCUUGGCACCCCCUUUCCAGAUAUUUUAGAUAAAACACAUAAAUACACAUAAAUAAUCACAAUAAAGUGCUGUCACAGAAAAAUGUGUCAAUGCAUUUUAUUUACACAGCUUUUUAAAUAAGUCCUGUAGAGUCUAUCAUUUGUACAAACAGCUCCUAAUACAGAGCGGCAGUAAAAAAUGACUAGGAUUCUAGCUUUUGGCUCUGCACAGAAAGUACAUGAUGGGCGAUUCUGUUCAUAAAUAAAAUGACGAUUUCCCGCUGGAA